AUGAGGUCCCCAGGACCGCGGGCGCCUCGCAAGUCGUGCGGCGGUAAGCGGAAGAGCGCGCCCCCCGUGCGGCACAGCAAUGCCAACGGCGUUGACGAUGCUCCAGUCAGCAUGCGCUCUCUCUCGCACCGCAGCGCGUUAACCAUCUGCGACUCCGUCAGCGUCUUCAGGCGCUUCGAGGGCCAGUCGCGCUGCUCGGCAGUGGCCCUCGAUGGCACGGCAUGGACGGGAGAGACGGAUGGCACCAUCGUGAUUCGCCUUGUACCCAGCGGGAUGGAGGUGCGCCGCAUUGCGUCCAUUGGCCGCGCCGCGGUGCUCGUCAUGGAGAACGUCAGCGGCAACAUGUGGGCCGGCUACUCCGAUGGCGCCAUCCGCGUUUUUGACUACGUGACCCAGAAGGUGCUGCGUCAGUCAACGCAGCACACGGCUGCUGUGUACGCGAUGUGCGCAGCGGACGGCUAUGUGUUCACUGGUGGCGCGGACGGGAAGGUGUACCAGUGGAUGACGGAAGAUCUGCACUACAGCCACAUGUACUACGGCCACCGCAACGCAGUGCGCAGCUUGGCGACGUACACGGAUCCGAAAAGCGGCUGCCGCUGUCUUGUGUCUGGCAGCGACGAUGGAACAGUCAAAGUGUGGGAGGCGACGGUGGCGAACACGAACGGCGCUCCAAGGAAGGAUGGCGGCUGCGUCUACACCCUAGAUGGGCAGGGCCGCUGUGUGCUGAGCAUCCUGGUGUUGGAGGACACAGCGGAGCUGUGGGCCGGUAGCGAGGACUCCGCGAUCCGCGUGUGGGACCUUUCCUCAAUGACCGUCACCACCGUUAUCACCGGACACCGUGCACCGGUCGCCACUCUGCAACAGGUGGGAGAUACCGUGUGGUCUGGCAGCAAGGACGGCGCCAUUACCAUCACGAAUCGCUUCUCCAAGGAUAUUGUCCACCAGGCCUCGCAGCCGCCAGUGAGCAGCAGCGCCUCCGCCGGGGGUCAGAGAUGGAGUGUGUCGAUCCUGCCCGUCACUCGCUCCGUUGUGUACAAGGUCUGGGCCACGGCGGUGGAUGGGUCGUGGCAGUGCUGGAACUUCACGGUGCCGGAGGGCGUGAAGUCGUACGUCAAAGAAGCGGAAGUCUUGAAGGGUGGGGGCUGCCCCUCGCACAGCCGACCGCAGCGCCUGUCGCGCGUGAGCCAGCGUUGCAGUCACAACGUACGCAGUGGCUCUGUCAACGCGUACAGUAAAAACGGCUCGCGCUCCGCGAGUGCGCCGGCGCACAGCAGCGACGAUAAGCUGCGUGAGAGCGUCGCGCAGACACGGCACACGGUGGCACUCCUGCUGGCGGGCUCAAAGGUGCACCAAGGCAACGGCUUCGCUCACCGCAGCGAGGCUGUUAACGUGGGCAUCGUGGACGACGACGACGACAUCCCUCUCGAUGAUGUGGCUGAGUCUAUCCGCAACGAUCACACGGCCGAGACACAGAAGGAGCUCCAGCUCAAGCAGGCAGCGCUUGCAAAGGAAAGGGAGAAGAGUGCUGAGCUGCGCGCGGAGCUGGAGAAGAUGUGCAAGGACCCGGUGGCCAUCGCCGAGGAGGGGGCAGCGAACACUUUCAGACGGACGGAUUCGCUCGUCAUCGCCGACGUGCAAGCCAAGACGAACGCGAUGGAGCGACAGAGCGGCACGCUGGGCAGCCCGACGACGGAGAAGUUGGUCGGGGUGUCCUCGCAACUAGAGCUGAUGAUAGCGCAGAACAAGGCCAUGGCAGCGGCUGUGACCGAGUCCACAAAGGUGCCUGCCUAG